AAAUUAAAACCCAUGUAGCACUAGAAGCCCAUUAAGCUUUUCUCAGACACCCCCUUCCCUUUCGCUUUUGCUGUUGAUUAAUCAUUUGCCCAUUUUAAACUCCAUUUCAUUAGCAAAGUGAGAAUGAGUGCAAGUAAUUUGGUAGCAGAGACAAUAUGGAAGGAAAUUGAAUCGACACGCACUGUGAGUGAUGAUCAAUUUUGGACUUUGCACUUCUUAUUUGGUAAGAACUUUGAAGGAGCCACUAGAAUAGUGGAUCAAAGAGGUGUCAAGAGGAUUUCUGGUCACCCCAGUGGAAGGUUCAUCUUUCAGGUUACAGGGGAAUCCAGAAGAAAAGACCAGUAUCUGUGUUUUGCUGAACACUUUUGUGCAUGUUAUUCUUUCUUCUAUGAUGUUGUCAACCGAGGAGAGCAACUUUGUUGUAAACAUCAAUUAGCUGCAAGACUUGCUGCAUCAUUGGGAUCUUAUGUCGAAGUCAAGGUGUCUGAUGAGGAGUUAGCUAUGUUGCUAUCCAAAGUAUAGCCCUUGCCUUGUGCUUGUGCAAUCAAAGUUAUUUACACAUAGAAUUUUAUGGAGGCAAGGAACAUUUCAUUUAAAUUCAGUCAAGUGUGAUGGUCUCAGGAUCUCCUUUGGGUUUACUUUUUCUUAGAAAAUGAACAGCAAAGAAGUGUGAUUAGACUGGUUUGUUGGAGGGGGGUUGGGGGGAGCUGAAGCAACAAAAGCCUUUAUUGGUUUGGAUUUUUUUGCUAGUAUUUAUGAACAAAAUUUAUGAAGCUAGUGAGAAAUUGAAUCUAAAUUGUGCAUGCUGCACUUUGUUCUGCUAAUUGUUGACAAGGAAACAUAAGUCCAAGUUUUGUUAUGCUUUGAUUUCUUUUACUUAACAGUUAUGUACUUCACAGAUUACCUUUAUACUUAACUUUAUACCAUAGGCGGUUAUCAA